GCAAAUUAAGCAUUCAGAUAACAAAUAUGGAUAAAGUCGAAGUCAACGAUUUCAACAAUACAAUAAUACAAUUGUGACUGUUACAAAUCCUGUUAAUAAAACCGUCCAUAUCCAACGGUCACAUUAAUCAUCCAAACUGCCAGUGUUCCGUUUAAUUACUACUAAUACAGUUUGUAGGUGGAAUACAAUACUAAACUAAACAUAAUCCAAAUUAAUAUAAUAAUUCUUAAAAUCAUAUUCCAAUCUGAUCCUACCAACUUACGUUCCGAUCAAAUCGGCCACAAAUUUUGAGCACAAUGUUAGUCUUCUAAAUCCGAUUCCAUCCAUUAUCGGAUUUGUGCUACUGCAUUCUGCAAUGGCGCACCUCGGAGACGAAGUGAAGAACAAGCAGGUGAUUUUCCGCGACUUUAUCAGCGGUUUCCCCAAGGAAUCGGAUUUCCUCGUUACCACUAGCAGCAUCCGGUUGAAGCUUCCUCAAGGUUCCAAUGGAGUACUCCUCAAGACGCUCUAUCUCUCCUGCGAUCCCUACAUGCGAUUGCUCAUGAAAAAACGCCCUGCCGACAUUUCCUUCUCUCCUGGCUCGGUGCUGUUUGGGUAUGGAGUAGGCAGAGUUUUGGAGUCUGCCCACCCGGACUACAAUGGAGGUGACCUAGUUUGGGGAAUUUUGAAAUGGGAAGAGUACUCUGUCGUUGAGGAAACUACAAAACUCUUCAAGAUCCAGCAUACUGAUGUCCCCCUUUCAUAUUAUACUGGAAUUCUUGGUAUGCCUGGUAUAACAGCUUAUUUUGGAUUCCACGAAAUAUGCUCCCCCAAAAAGGGAGAAUAUGUGUUCGUAUCAGCAGCAUCUGGUGCAGUUGGUCAACUUGUUGGCCAAUUAGCAAAGUUGGUGGGUUGCUAUGUUGUUGGGAGUGCUGGAAGCAAAGAGAAGAUUGAGCUAUUGAAAAACAAGUUUGGAUUUGACGAGGUCUUCAACUAUAAAGAAGAAGAUGACUUAAAUGCAGCACUGAAAAGAUGCUUCCCUGAAGGUAUAGAUAUUUACUUCGAAAAUGUAGGAGGGAAAACACUUGAUGCUGUACUUUUAAACAUGAGACUGCAUGGCAGGAUUUCAGCAUGUGGAAUGAUAUCUCAAUACAACCUCGAUCAGUCGGAUGGCGUACACAACCUGAUACAUAUCAUAAUGCAGCGGAUCCGAAUGGAAGGUUUCAUUGCUUCUGAUUAUUACCACCUCUAUCCCAACUUCUUAGAAGCAAUGUUGCCUUAUAUUAGAGAAGGAAAGAUAACUUAUGUCGAGGACACAGCUCACGGCCUCGAGAGUGGCCCGGCAGCUUUGAUUGGUCUCUUUAGUGGUCGCAAUAUUGGGAAGCAAGUUGUUGCCAUCUCCACAGAAUGAUUCCGCAGCUGUUAACUUCUUCCAUGAUCAUUUCUCCUUCCAUUUAGGUCUCGGGUCUUAUUGUCCACUGACACUUUCUGGGAGUCUCAACCAAAUAGACAAAUGACCAGGUAUCUUAUUAGUAUCACUAUCAUACCGUAGAAUAUCUAAAGAACAAGGCAAAUGGUUGAAUUGUAUGAUGUUGCUGUUUGAAAAUAAUUCAAGUAAUCCAUUCUCAAUGUUCUUGCCA